GAAGGUGGUUUUUAGCUUUGUGGAGGGGUCCUUUUGUGAUGACGGAAUUAGAAACAUUUAAUGGCAGAGACAAACGGCUUCAGGUUUCUAGGAAAUUAGGAAGUUUACGGAGGCUAAAGAAGCAAUAACUAGUGUCCGCCAUUAAAGCCGACUCUGGAUCCUCAAAGCGAUCAGCUUCAGCUUCAAAACCUGAUUUCAAAACCGACCCAACAUGCAGGAGGGAUGGGACAUAGCAAUUACCAAGCUGCAACGUCGUCGAGAUUGGGUUUGAAGCACGGCGGGGGCGAGAUCUUUGAGGUUGAAGGAGGUCGCAUUGUUCGGUCAACUGGAAGGAAAGACCGUCACAGCAAAGUUUGCACCGCUAAAGGUCCUCGAGACCGUCGUGUUCGUCUCUCGGCGCACACCGCCAUCCAGUUCUACGAUGUCCAGGACCGACUUGGCUACGACCGCCCUAGCAAAGCUGUGGAUUGGCUUAUCAAAAAAGCCAAAUCCGCCAUUGACGAGCUCGCUGAACUACCUCCUUGGAACCCAGAAACUUUGAAAACAGUUACUUCAACCACAAAAUUACCAAAUAACCAAGAAGAUCAAAAUACAAUAACAGCAACAGAUCAUGAAAAACCCUGUCAGUUUCACAACCUUGCUGCUGGGUCAGGUACUCGAAGAAGAACGGCUACAAUAAUGGGAAACGAAGUCCAAAUUCUUCAAGAAAUUGGAGAUAACCCGAAUCGUAAUUCGAGUUUUCUUCCACAUUUUUUAGUUUCUGAUGAUAUCGAAGAUACUUUGAAGUCUUUUAUUCCAUCGGGAGCUUCCAGUGAGACGCCAACUUCUUCAUUACAGUUUCAGAAUUAUCUACCGGAUUUUUCGACCCGAACCGGCAGCCACAGUCAAGAUCUGCGGCUUUCGCUUCAGUCAUUUCCGAAGCCAAUGGUUCUGCUCCACCAUCACCAAGCUGCUGCUGCUGCAGUGCAGGCACAUCAAAGUGAACCAGGCUUAUUCUCUGGUCUUGAUGGUUCUUCAGCUGGAUGGGAACACCACAACCAACAUCCAGCGGAGAUAGGAAAGUCUCAAAGAUUGGUUGCCUGGAAUAAUGGUGGUGCUGGUAGUGGCACUGGCGGUGGUUCUAGUGGCGGGAGUGGAGGAUUUCUCUUUGGCAAUCCAUCAGCACCGCCACUGCCACCUGCUUUUGGCCAAAACAGCCAGUUUAUUUCUCAGAGGGGACCCCUUCAGUCCAGUAACACACCCUUGGUUCGUGCUUGGAUAGACCAGCCAAUUCCCACAAACAACCAACACCAUCAAAUCCCACAAAACAUCCAUCAUCAAACUGCUUUAUCCGGCAUUGGAUUCACCGCAUCAGGUGUAUUCUCUGGCUUCCGCGUACCAGCACGAUUUCAGGGCGAAGAAGAGGAGCACGACAGUAUUCCCAAUAAGCUGUUCUCUGCUUCCUCUGAUCAUCACCAUUGAUCCAAUAAAAUGAAGAAAACCCAAAGUCUCUCCCCUCUAACAAAAACAUUUUGAUUGUUGACAGUGAAGUUAAUGGAGGAGAUGCUUCUAAUGAUUCAACACUGGCUUAAGGGAGGAUUUUGGUCACUUCAAAUCAAUGGUCUAUGCCGUGGGAAGAAGAAAUCUGGGUUGGUUUCAGGUUCAUUCAAUCCCGGUUUCCUUAGUUUCUAUCAGUUGAGUGUGUUGUACCUUCAAUAUAUGUUUGAUUUCACUUCUUGUGCCUCU